CUCGAACUUGGUCCGAAAAAGAACAUCACCCAAUCAAAAUGGCGCAAACCGCGUAAUUACUGGACAAUACAGACACAGCUACGUAUCUACUAAAAUUGUCUCAGCCAUCUAUCACCACUUUACCAUUAUCCCCACUUGGCCAAAUCUCUUGUAUUAUUAGCACUUAGAAUGCAUGCGUUUCAAGGAUUCCAGUAGAAAGAUGAGCGGAGAUAAGUUGGCAAGGGAGCUUGAUAGAACACCCACAUGGGCUGUUGCUGCUGUUUGUGCUGUUAUUAUCAUCAUCUCUAUUGCUUUGGAGAAGAUUCUUCAUAAACUUGGAGCUUGGUUCACAGCCAAGCACAAGAAAGCUCUGUUUAAUGCUCUGGACAAGGUUAAAUCCGAAUUGAUGGUUCUUGGUUUCAUUUCACUACUUUUGACCUUUAGUCAGUAUUACAUUGCUAAAAUUUGCAUCUCGCAAAGUGUCGCCGAUACAAUGUUGCCGUGUAAAGUUGGGGAGAAGAAAGGUCAUGUCAAGGGAGGUGAAGGCGAAGAAGAAAAUCGGCGGAGGCUUCUGUGGUAUGACCACAGAUCACUAUCUGUUUCUAACAACAAAUCUACCUGCAAAGAGGGGCAUGUACCAAUCAUAACAGUUGACGGAUUACAUCAGUUGCACAUACUCAUAUUCUUCUUGGCAGUUUUGCACGUGGUGUACAGUGCUGUUACAAUGGCUCUUGGGAGACUAAAGAUUCGUGGCUGGAAAGUUUGGGAGCAAGAGACGGCAUCCCAUGACUAUGAAUUCUCCAACGAUCCUUCAAGAUUCCGACUUACUCAUGAGACAUCUUUCGUCAAAGCACACACUAGUUUCUGGACAAAACUUCCGUUCUUCUUUGUUGUUGGAUGCUUUUUUCAGCAAUUUUUUAGGUCUGUUAGUAAGUCUGACUACUUGACAUUGCGAAAUGGAUUCAUUAGUGUUCAUUUAGCCCCAGGAAGUAAAUUUAACUUCCAAAAGUAUAUCAAAAGAUCACUAGAGGAUGACUUCCAGGUAGUAGUGGGAGUCAGCCCGGUGUUGUGGGCAUCAUUUGUGGUUUUUUUGCUGAUAAAUGUUAAUGGAUUCAAGGCACUGUUCUGGGCGUCCUUGAUACCUCUUGUUAUUAUCUUAGCUGUUGGGACAAAGCUCCAAUCCAUUUUGACAAAAAUGGCUCUUGAAAUCACGGACAGACAUGCAGUGGUCCAAGGGAUUCCUCUUGUCCAAGGCUCAGACAGAUAUUUUUGGUUUGGUCGGCCCCACUUAGUCCUACAUCUUAUACACUUUGCACUAUUUCAGAAUGCGUUCCAGAUUACAUAUUUCUUAUGGAUAUGGUAUGAAUUUGGACUGAAAUCUUGUUUCCAUGAUAACUUCCAGUUGUUGAUGAUUAAACUAUCUUUAGGGGUUGGAGUCCUAUUCUUAUGCAGCUAUAGUACACUUCCACUGUAUGCCCUCAUAGCUCAGAUGGGUUCAAAUAUGAAGAAAUCCAUAUUUGAUGAACAAACGGCCAAAGCCCUUAAGAAUUGGCGUAUGGCUGUUAAGAAGAAACACGGAGGAAGGUCUCCUACUCGAAGUCUGGGUGAUUCAAGCCCUACUCCUUCAAUGGCAUCAACAUCCAUGUCAUCAACUUUGCACUCGGGCACAUCUAAACUUCAUCGUUUCAAGACAACUGGUCAUGCAACUCGUUCAUAUGCGUACGACGAACAGGACAUGUCUGAUUUGGAAGCUGAUCCAGUAAAUACGGAGUCCACCACAGCCAAAUUGAUUGUAAGAGUUGAUGACGAUGAUAUAGACCCUGAAACAACUGUAUUUGCUGGUGAAGAAAAUCGAGAUGAGGAUGAUUUUUCAUUUUCGAAGCCGCCACCACCUAAGUAAGAAUUGUUGUUUAGGGCCCUGGUACUGAUUCUUAAUGCAUGCAGUUGACGAGUACAUAAAUUAGUAACUGCUUUUAAAGCAGCAUGGUAUAGAGUAGCUGCUCGGCUUGUACAUUUGACAUGAAUCAUGCUUGUUCUUUACCAGUAGGAAUGAUUGGAGUAAGGGUGACAACUCUCCCUUGUUAUAAUUUUUUGCCAACAUGCUCCCAAACUCCAAAUAUGGGUCUAUUAGUAAAAACUGAGGAUGUAAUCAACAAAGAAAUGAGCGAUGAAUUAUGUUAAAUACUAACAUUGAUUGAA